UUUCAAACACGAGCGUGAUAAAGGACUUCUGUUAAACUUUCCCGCCACCUGAAUAAUAAAUCUCAGGUGGCAAGUAAUUUUUCAUAUUGAUAAGCUGAAGGUCAUCAUCAUUAGCUUUGCAACAUUUUAUAUACACUUUCUAUUUUUACAGGGCUGUCAAGUCAGUGAAGGAAGCGACCUAAUUCUGUCGUUCUGUCAAAUCUUUCAGGAGCAAUAGCUUACGUUGGCUAGCUAACUAACUUAUCGCUUGCUAAUAUUUUCUGACAUAAGAUAUUUAAGUUUUUCCCCAUUUAUUAACUAGUAGCCUAUAGCCAGCUAGAAACAAAAACGAUAUAUACUUCAAGACAUUGCGCCUAUCAAUAUGAAAGCCGCUGAGGAUCAAGUUGUGGAGGAUGAGGCCGGACACCAAGAUGAUGAGACCAAAGGUUUCCUGACAGCAUUUGAAUACAGUGCGAAGAGGAAACAAUUGUUCUGCGUCACCACUGGAAGCAUAGAGUUUGAUAAACUACUUGGGGAAGGUAUGGAGAGCAUGGCAAUCACUGAGUCAUUUGGAGAGUUUCGGACAGGCAAGACCCAGCUCUCUCACACACUCUGUGUCACAGCCCAGCUUCCUGGAGAGGAUAGCUACACAGGAGGAAAAGUAAUCUUCAUCGACACAGAGAACACUUUUCGUCCAGACAGACUGAAGAACAUAGCAGACAGGUUCAACGUGGACCAUGAUGCUGUGCUGGAUAAUGUGUUAUACGCCCGAGCCUACACCAGUGAACACCAGAUGGAGCUGUUGGAUUUUGUGGCGGCCAAAUUCCACGAGGAGGGAGGCAUCUUCAAACUUCUGAUCAUAGACUCCAUCAUGGCUCUGUUCCGGGUAGAUUUCUCUAGCCGAGGGGAGCUGGCAGAGAGACAACAGAAGCUGGCCCAGAUGCUCUCUCGUCUGCAGAAGAUCUCUGAAGAGUACAACGUUGCAGUGUUUGUCACCAAUCAGAUAACUGCAGACCCUGGAGCUGGGAUGUCGUUCCAAGCUGAUCCCAAAAAGCCGAUUGGAGGGCACAUCCUGGCGCAUGCGUCCACCACACGAAUCAGCUUGAGGAAAGGACAUGGAGAGUUGAGAAUUGCCAAGAUCUUUGACAGUCCUGAUAUGCCUGAGAACGAGGCCACUUUCACCAUCACUCCAGGGGGAAUUGCUGAUGCCAAAGAGUGAAAGACCUUCAUGGACUGUUUAUCUGUACUAUUUAAUGUUAGAAUUUUUUGUUGUUGAGUUUAGUAAAAUAAAGGAUGUGUAUACUCUGA